GAAGAUAAGGAAGGUGUGAAAGCAGAAAGCGGACGACACAGCAUGCUCACCGUUCCACCCCUCCCCUCUACACCUCCGCCCACAUUCGAGGAAAUAUGAACACUUUGGGACAAUUAGUGGUUGUGAACCCCCACGAUCCCUUCAGCUAUGGGGAACACCAGCCAACAGUGACAGUGUGUAAAGUUGCUGGGCCUAAUGCUGCCGAUACUCCUGACACACUUGAGUUCCUACACAACCCUGGACCCUUCAUCAGUGGAGUAACUCACAAGAACACUGUUCUCCAAUAUCUGAAGAAACAGUGUAGUCAGUAUACUCACUCAUCUGAAAAACUCCUUUAUGAUUUAAUACGGCUAGUUAUAAAACUGAAUGGUGUAGUUGAUAUGACGGACGUUGGCCCCCUGACUUGUUGA